AUGCGGCGAGAUAACGGCCGUGCGCGAGCACAAUAACGCGUAUUAUGAUCAGUCCGCGGACGGCACGGGUGUUGGCGGUUACGUUUGAUAAGCUACCAGCGAGUGAUGCACCUUCUGUCCGACGCAGCGCGCGAGUAAACUGAAAAAUCGUUGAGCAAACACACGAGUGUGUCACAGAGAGGAGCGCGUGAUUUAAGCGGUGGGCCGCAUGUCGUCCAAGUGGAAAAUAACAUUUCGAAAGAAAGGUGCUCAGGGUGUGAUCGCGCGAGGAGACACGAUGGCGGAGGUGGCGACGAAGAAGUCCAUCAAUGUAGUAAGUAGCAAGAAGAGCGAGGUGUGCGGUGUUCAGUCUAACAACGGCUUGAUUGAUUUGGAUAACCUAACCGCGAGUAACAAGCAACUAAUCUCGCUGUGCGGCGACAACAACGAUGACGACGACGACCUCGUGCUGACCAACAACAGCCGUAACGAGCUCGCCGGCGACGACAAGAGCCUGCAAGAGCUGAUCGAGAGCGAGCUCGCGCUGAGGAUCUGCUCCAACAAGAACGACGACGACGACGACGACGACGACGACGAGGUGGUCGCCGACGAGCCCGAGGAGAUCGCCACGCAGCCGGAGACGAUCCGGCGGAUCGUGCUGGAUCGCCGACAAGACAGCCUCGACGUGAACGCGGAGUUCAUAGCGGCCGAGAGCGAGCACUACUCCCUGAUCGAGGAGCCUUACGGCCAGCAGAACGGCCACGCGUCUCCGGACGCGAACGCGGAGGACGUGAAGCCGGAACCGCCGCUCCACGUCCGCGACGAACAGGAGGACGAACAGGUGUUGGUCGAGCAGCCGGAGCACGGCGACGCGACAGUCAUUCAGAAGGCAAGCGACGCCGAGCCGCAGUCGAGCCGCGACGAGGUCGCGAACGACAGCGAAGACAACUGUGAGCACGUGAGCGUCGCCAAGGACGCCGAUCCGCAGCCCACGGAGGUGCCGGACUCCGGCGAGGUCGCGCGCGACCUCGUCGCCGAGACCGUUUCUCAGCCAGAGCCUUCCCCGGCUCCCGUGGCUUGUCUCGACAAGCAGCGACAACAGGAGGAGGAGUCGGCGCAGAGGAUGACGGACGACGCGGACCUCCUCCGCAUGGACCGCACCGAGCAAGAGCGCAGGAACGCGGACGUCGUCCCGGACACGUUGCUCGAGCUGCCAGUGUCCGAGGACGGUGAACAGGCGUGUCAGUCGUUCCACCUGGACAACCUGGACCGAGAGAUCAACGAACCCAUCGGCGAAGGAGGUCCCGCGAUCUCGACGUCGCUCGGCGUCGAAGACGAGGAGAAGGAGGCGGCGGCUGCGGCGGCGGCCUCGGCGGUCUCGCGAGACCGAGAAACGUCGCUCACCGAAGCAACGGAUCAGGAGGCGGACUCGAAGCCGAGCGAGAUGAAGCUCGAGGAAGACGGCUCCACGAGUCAGUCGGAGAUGCUCGCCGAGACGGCCAGCACGCAGGAGUUCCUCGACACCGAGCGGCGCGUGCUGAGCGAGGAGGCCGAUCAGGAAGCGCCGCGGAUUGUCGUGUCGUCGGAGGCCACCGAGUCGCAGAGCGUGUCCGAGCGGAGCUUCGAUAACGAGUCGGCGGAGUAUGCCAAGGACGUCGCGGAGGACGCGCAGAACCCGGUGGACGAGUCCUCCAGCGAGUUCUCCGCGUCCGACUCGACUUUCAUCGAGAAGACCGAGAUCGUGGUGUCGGACACGAGCGUGACCGUGUUCUCCGAGACGAAGCAGCUCGAGCCGCUCGAGACCCUGGACUCGUGGACCACGGUCGAAGAGGCCACGAAACCGGCCUUCGACGGGGAACGGAAAGACGCGCCGGUCGCGGCCGAUCACGCCGCCGCCGCCGCCGCCGCCGCCGCCGCCGCCGAGCCGACGGCGACGGACGAUAGUCACGAGGGAAAGCCGGAAGACUCGCUCGCGCCCUCGUCACCCCGCGCUCCAUUGGCCACGCCGGACGACGAGACCAGCGACAUUUCUAACGCCUGCGAUAGCGAGAGCCGCGAGGAAACGGUGACCACCAGCUCCACCGUGGUGACCUCCUCGAAGGGCGGGACUAAAACGAAGAAGAAGAAGAUCGAGGGCGUCGCUAGUAACGAUGCCACCUCGCCGAACCUUACGCCGCGCACAAAGAAAACCAAGAAGAGCAAGAAGAGCGAUCUCGAGAAGGAGAACAUCUCCGUGAACUGUAGUUUACGUGACGCAAGCAUGCACACGGGUACUCGGCGCACGCACUCGGAGAUGAUCGAUUUCUCCGACGAGGACGAUCUAUCGAACGUCAACGUCAAGUCCCUGACACAGAACUAUGUCACGGAGACGAGUCGUAGCGAUCAGGAGAAGCUGUGCAGGCAACGCAUCGCGACCGGCGUGUCCAUCAAGCAAUUAUGUCGCAGCUUUGGCGACAUCUCGAACAUGAGCGACAGCGAUCAGACAGCUUUCGGGAAAGCGAAUCACGCGAUGGAAACCGAG